CGGCGCCUUCAUCGCAUCUCGUCAGCUUCCCUUCCUACAUUCUUCCACCGCAUUUACUGGCCGCACCGCGCAAGGCUUGCUCGCUGCCACUGCUCUCCCGGGUCCCGAGACCAGUGUUGCAGCUUUUUACUUUUUUUCCCCCUUUGGCCUCUGCCUAAUCUGUCUCGGGUUUUCUCGCGCCGCCAAUUUCCAGCUGCCGGCUACCGUCGUAGGCGUUUCCGUCACCGAGCAAACAACUUCACCGAUCCCGUCCCUCCAUGGUUUUAGUAGCCGUCGCCGCCGCGUAAAUCCACCUCGAGGGCCUGCGUGGAUCGAGAGUCCCCUCGCUUCACGCUUCGCUGCCGCUCUUUUUCUCCUCGCAAAGCAUCUUCCGACUUCACUACCACGACCAUCAUGGCCGCUAACGGCAGCUCGGUGCCAUCGACCGCCGCAGGCAAUGGCGGAGACUCCGAGGUCCUGACCAAGAUACACCAGGCGCUCGAAGUCGUCCACAGCCCCUUUUCGACCAACGAUGCCCGUCGCCAGGCCCAGGCCUUCCUCGAAGAAGUCAAAGACAUCGCCGAAGCCCCGAUGCAAGGGUACAACCUCGCCUCCGACAAAGCUCAGUCUCCCGUCGUUCGCCACUACGCCCUCUCCCUCCUCGAGCAUGCGAUCAGAUAUCGGUGGAACUCGUACACGCAAGAACAGGCCGAUGCCGUGCGGCGUUGGGUCCUGGAGCUCGGCCAGUCCGUCUCCAGGGAAGACCCGUCGUAUCUCAGGAACAAGACGGCCCAGCUCUGGGUCGAGGUCGCCAAACGGAGCUGGGGUGCUGAAUGGAUGGAUAUGGAUGCCAUGCUAUGCCAAUUGUGGCAAAUCCCUGACUCGGCCGUUCACAAGGAGCUCGUAAUGUUUGUGCUGGAGAAUCUAUCAGACGAAGUCUUUACUGGCGAUGACUCUGUCGUCGCCAUGCGAGAAGGAGUCCUUAGUAAGGCCUGCGUCGAGAUCUUCACGCCUACCGCUGUACUCGUCGAGGCUUUCCCCCACCGCCAACCCGGCCCGGAAGUGCGACAUGGUCAUGAGGGAUGGCUCAGCCGUUUGUCCGAGUUCCUAAACUACUGCAUCAACUCCGCCCCGAAAGACAACGAGGAGGUCAAGUCGUGCACCCUCAAGGGACUUUCCGUCUUCCUCUCCCUCAUGCCAUGGGCCAUUCCCAAAGCGGUAUCUGCUGCCCACUGCGUCGACAUCAUGUGUGCUGGCCUAGCAUCUCCUCACAUUGCGAUCCAGAAGGCCUCUCUAGAAUCGCUCCAUGCUCUCUACUGUCGAACAAACUUUACAGAUGACGAGUUCCGAGACUUGGUCGCCCCCAUGUACACGCGCACAUCUGUCGAGCUUUGCAAGGGGCUGCUUGAGUGGGCUGCAGUUGACCCCGAGGACAUCGACGAGGACAAGUAUCAGACCCUAAAGAAGCUGUCCGAGAUGCUAUCCUGUCUUGGUGACUACUUCGAUCGCAAGUUCUCCAAGCUACCCGCUGAAGCGGCAAGGGAGGACUUUCUCCAGCUCCUAGUCCAGGUCGUCCAGAGCCAGAGCUUGAUGAUUUCCAUUCCCAUCCUCGUCACCUGGACAAGACUUCUCAGCAACCGAACAAUUGGUCCUAGCGAGCUUGUCUCGCCCAUGAUUGGACCCCUGCUGGAGAUAUGCAGCUCGCGACUGGUACGAUACGAGAACCUCCCUGAAGACACUCAGGAACCCACGUUCCUGUUCCUACUCGAGGAUACAGAUACGAUACCGGAACGGCACGCCUUCCUUGGCAACUACCGACGCUACAGCUCGCAAGUCAUCGAGGCCAUUGUGCAAUUGAAGCUUGUGGAUGCAGUAUCACACAUUCUCGGUCGGACAGAAGACAUUCUGCAACAUCUUUAUGACGGACAGGCGCCGCUGGACAAACAAACUUACUCUAAGCACUCAAUGCCGGUCUUGCGGGUCGACUCUCAGUUCACCGUCAUUGAGGCAACACUCAAGGGGUAUAUGAAGUGGAGAAGACACCGCGCUGUAGAAUACGAGCAGCAAAAAGCGGAGUUAGAGGCCAACCUGGAGACCUGGUGUAACAAGCUGUUGGAGAUGAGCUUCGAGGACCCCAUGAUCAGGAAACGAACCUUGCAACUCUUGGUCUACUUCUCGACGACAGCCCUCAACAAGAACGCACCCUUUAUGCUGAAGGUUCUUGAGCACAUUCUGCUGACAUGGCCCGCUCUCCAGCCAGAGUAUCGAGCCUUUAACGAUGCCAUUAAGGACUUGCAGGGAGAGAGCAUGGUUGAAUUGCAGCGACUGGCAUCGGAAAUGCCAGAUCAUCUCUUGGGCGUAUACGACCAAAUCGAAAAUAGAGUGAAUGAGAUGAUGUCCUCGGGAACACUGGACGAAAAGCGGUCCAUUGCAUACAAGAGCUUUCUUUUCAUCAUUAUUCAUCGAGCAACCAGCGUUGAUGCUCAAGCCAAGAUCCAGAAACUGCGCGAGUUCAUUGAUCCUGUCAAGGCGCAGUGGCAAACUGAGAAUGUCCGCACUGCUCUUGAGUCGUACUCGAACUUUUGCGAGAUGUUGGGGCUAGACAAGGCGCAAGCGUAUCUGGCAAACCGACGCGCACACGAGAUUCGGGAUUGGGGCUCUCACGAGCUUGACGCCGAGGGUCUCGCCCUCCAGGCCGAGCUCGAAGAGCGAUUGAAGCUUUUGCCCCUACGUUCUACCAAGUCCUUCCUCGCAUUUUCUGUCGAGAGACUAGACAAGUCGUCAGACGCGUUCAAGGCCUCGUACGCCCUCUGGCAAGAUGGAUUCUCUAACAUCCUUGCAGACCUUCUAGAGUUUCUGAGCUUCGCGCAUGCAUCGCACAACCCCGAUAACUGGGCAGGCCUGCCAUCCGAGAUGCGGCCUGUGGUCAACCGGGUUCUGAGCGAUCGCUUCUGGCAGGCGGGCAUUUCCGAAGGGAGCAAGGACGACUUCUACGCUCGCGUUAUGGACAAGAAGAACACCGUCGAGGGACUUGCAUCGACUAUUCGUGGGUCUGUCCGAUUCGUGCGUGAAACCGCCUAUGCUAUUAUCUACUGCAUGAGCAGGCUGGACAUGCAGUUCUACGGCUUCGAGGGUCUUUCUGCACCAUUGUCCAAGGCACUCUUUGCCGACUCGAUUUGGCUCUCAACGCAUCAGCAGAGUAACCUGCUGAAUCUGGUCAGAUAUCUUGUCGAUGACUGCCCCGUAGACUACCGGGAACACUUCCUCCCGCAGCUGCUAUCAUCGUGCUUCCAGCAGAUGGAUUCCAAGGUGAAUGGCGAGUGGGCCAAGAUGGAGCAGCAACAGACGAUUGCGGCAGAGGGCGAGGCAGGACUAAAGGAGGAGAUGAAGGCAGAGAGUAUUCUGCGCCAGGUGACGUACACGGCGGUGCUGAUGGUGGCAGAUUUCCUUGAUCCGACCAAGCCUAUCAGGACUAACAAAGGUGCAGACCCGCCCACGCUCAAGGCGCGAGCAUUCCAGGGUGCCCCUGAGGAUGCGCCGACGGAGUCAUAUCCAACCCUGCGACGAUUCUGCCUGAUUCACCAGGAGGUCGUAGAGCCCCUGCUCGUCUUCUGCACGCACGGAAUUCGAAUGCGAGAUACGCGAUGCUGCAGCAUGAUCCUGCGACUCUUCAUCUCACUCGUCCCUGAAUUCCACCUCGUUGACGGCCAGGUACCAAAGCCAGCACCUCAGAACCACGAGGCACAGGAGCAUAGUGCGCCCGUCGACCACUUUCCGGUGCCCUCGGCGAUCUCCUCUGCCAUCCGAGAGUUCAUCUGCCUUGAUGUGCUCCAGGCUUGCAUUACGUCGUUCCACGAGCCCUACUUUGUAGAGUUGCAGAAGGAGCUUGCUGCCCUGAUUGCCGCCAUCAUCGUCUACUAUAGCCCAAUCUCAAACACACCCAGGGAUGUGCUAUUGUCGCUGCCAAACGUCAACCCCGCCGACUUGGACAGGCUCACGGCCUACAUGAGCAAGCCCGGGGCACACACUCGACAACAGCGGGCGCUGGUUCUUGACCUUCUCAAGGACCUCAAAGGCGUCAGCGUGUCGGAGAUGGGCAAGUUGCCCAAGAGCAGCGGGUUUGGUGGCUCGGGACGAUCCAAGAGGACCAACCGCAGCAAGAUGGCCCAGCAGUUCAUGAAUGAGCACCCGACGUCCGGGCCUGGGGCCACCAGGUCGGGUGGUCUGGGACGCAGGGGAAUGACUCCCGAGGCCCUGGAGGGAGUGUCCACUCUGUUUGAGGGAUAA